AUUGACAAGAGUGGUAAGUGUUUUUUCUCCAAGUGGGCGUGUCUUUGCGCCAAUACAAGAGAGUGCCUGAUAAAACCCACAGACGACACGCAAUAUCCAGAGUGAACGCACGCUUUAAAGUCAGAAUAUUUUGGGAGAUAAACAACAGCGUCCAUGAUGAGAGUCGAGUCUCUGCUGAGCUUCUCCGCGGUUCUGGUUCUGCUUCCCGGAAUGUUAGAUGCCCUCCAAGGCGCUUUUCCUCACCCAAACAAAUCCAACCAGAACGACCCGGAUCGUUGUCACCCACCCCCCAUCAGUGGAUUUAUUUCCCGCGGGAUGACGCCCGGAACCGCAACCGACGAGGUACUGGAGUCCAGUCAGGAGGCUCUGCACGUCACGGAGCGUCGAUACCUGCGACUGGACUGGUGUAAGACACAGCCACUUAAGCAGACCAUCCACGAAGAGGGGUGUCUGAGCCGGACUGUCAUCAACCGCUUCUGCUACGGCCAGUGCAACUCCUUCUACAUCCCGAGGCACAUUUACCAGGAUGGAAAAGCGUUCGAGUCCUGCUCGGCCUGCAAACCCAAAACCUUCAGCACCGUUACGUACACCCUGUUCUGCCCUGGACAAAUCCCCGGUACCCGGAAGAAACGGGUACAGCGCGUCAAGCAGUGUAGGUGCACUACAAUAAACACGGAUUAGACCAGAAGACGAGCGCCAUUCAAAAAUGGUGGAAAUAUCCUAUUUACUUUACAAUAACAACUCAAACCAGAACUGACUAAAAACUCUCCCAAUUGGGAUGAAAUCUUACUUUGUGUAUUAUUAUUUUUGUCACUAUGAUAAUGAUUGAGUGCAUUGCUAAAUGGCACUCUAUGAAAUUACGUGUAAAAGUGUUAAGAAAAGUAAAUAAACCUUUUUUUUAAUACCUAAGUGCAUCCAAAAUGUUAUGGUAGACUAUUAAAAUGCAGUUAUAUGACUCAUAUAUAUAUGUUCCCCAAAUUAGAAUGAGGGGUUUUAUGGAAAAUUAUUUCAAUCUUUUUUAUUUCUAGUAAUAUAAAUGUAAAAAUAUUAUUUUUAAAAAACUGUUCUGUAUGUACAUGUAAAUAAUACACAUCAGCUCUCAUUGUGCCUCUAAAAUGUCCUUUCAUUGUCACAUAAUUAUAAUUGUUGUGCAUUAUUUAAACAAAUGUUAAGAUUUAACUCAUAGUAAAAUGUCUUCGUGUAAAUGUUUUACAAUGUAGAUGAAGGCUAAAAUGUUAUAUUUUGAGUAAAAACAAAUAUUGGCUACCUGUUUGGAUGGUUAUAGUUUCCACUAUGUGGGAUGUAAGAGGUUCCCAUGUUGCUUCUUUCACCAGCAAUUAGUGUUGCC